UUUUUCAUCUUUUUUCUACUAACAACAUGUCGAAUGGUGAGUGAAAGCUCAAACGUAUAUAUAAAAAAAUACUAGCUAAUGAAGACUACUGUAGCCAAUUGGGAAUCACAAUUAAGUGUGAUUGAAAAGAAUACGUUUUUAGAUCUCUUCAAGAAAGUAGAUGCAGAUAAUAAAGGCAUUGUUUUACAUGACGAAGCCAUGGACUUUUUAAAGAAGUCAGACAUUCCACAAAACAUUCUCACUCAGUUUUGGAAUGCUUCUGAUAAUGAGAAUAAAGGGUUUUUGACCGAACAAGAAUUUUGUACCAUAUUAAAACUCAUUGCCUGUGCUCAGCAUGGUGUGAUGACAGGUGACCCUAUCCUAGCAACCAAAGUGCCUUUGCCCGAGUUCAAUGGGACAGGUGCAGUCAACAACAAUAGACCGAUGCCACCCCCACCACAUCAACAACGGCAACAGCAACAGCAACAACAAUCGAUGGAUGUUAUAAGCCCAGAGGACAGACAGAAAUAUAUUGGGUUAUUUAACUCAUUUGGACCAGAGAAUAAUAUUCUAAGUGGUGAUAGAGCAAGAGCAGCGUUUGUGCAGUCCAAUUUGCCUCCUCAAACAUUACAGACGAUUUGGAAUUUAGCGGAUACUCGUAAAUCAGGGUCAUUGAAUCAAACAGAAUUUAUCAUUGCCAUGUUUUAUAUAGAACGUGCAAUGAAGGGAUUGAACCAAUUUCCUCCUACUUUACCAGCCAAUAUAUAUGCAUCUGCAACAGGUAGACCAAGUGCCUCACCAUUGGUUCGAAACACUACUUUACAUGUCAAUAGCCCACCUCCUAUCCCCAAACGAUCUCCUGUAUUUCAAAACAGACCUCUUCCAGUCGUCACCAUCUCGCCUGACGAGUAUCAAAAAUACCAAACUUUUUUCAAGCAAUUAGAUACCGACCAAUCGGGUUAUGUAUCGGGUGCCGAUGCAGUGGUAUUCUUCAGACAUUCGAAAUUACCAGAGUCUGAUCUCGCCAAAAUUUGGGAUUUGGCUGAUACAGAUUCCUCUGGUAUGUUAUCAGAACAGGAAUUUGCGAUUGCCAUGCAUAUGAUCAACGGACGUGUGAAAGGUGGUGAUCUCCCUAAUACCUUGCCUACAUUCAACAUUCAACCACCACAGCAACACCCAUUUUCUACUGGUCCCUCGCAACAGCAGCAACAGCAGCAGCAAUAUGCUCCCCAACAACAGCAUAAUGUAGACUUGUUGGGUUUAUCCGACUUUUCUGGCCCUGCACCUCCUCCUCCUCAGCAGCAACAACAACAACAAUAUGGGCAGAACAAGGUAGACCUAGCAAGAUCACAAUCCACCAUGUUACAAUCCUCUGUUUCUACUGAAACCAACCGUGCACAAACUGCACAUCAACAAUUCAACCAAGAAUCACAAGCGGUACAGGAACUAUUAAAACAGAUUGAAACACAGAAAGAAACGCUAAAUAAAAUGAAGACACAAGCAGAAGAAGCCGAAAAACUAUUAGCAGCGGAAAAGAAACGAAAAGAAGAACUUGUGCAGGAAUUACAAAUGUAUCGACAAGAGACUAAACAUUUCUCUACUCGAGCAGAGAAUGCCAAGGAGGAAACGAUUAAGGUCAAGACUGAAAUUGAAGAAUUGAAAAAGGAGAAGGAAAAGGAUAAUGUAUUUUCAUUAUCCAACGCCCCUUCACCUGCUGUUGGGGGUGGAUUGUUUGCUAAAGUUAACGGGCAGAGUCCAUCAUUGUUUGCCAAGGUCAAUGAAAGCCCCUCUUUAUUUGCCAAGGUUAAUGAUUCACCAGUGUCAAGUCACAGCACUGGACAAAAAGCAUUUGAUCCCUUUGCUGGCUUUAAUAAGAGCAGCACAAGUGCACCUUCUCCCACUAUAAAUACACUUAAAGCGGAAACCGAACAGAAGGCAACACCCAAUUCUUCUCAUAUGGAUAUCAGUGAUAUUGAAUCCAAGUAUCCAGACCUAAACACGAUGGAACAAAACUUUGCCCCUGCAGCUGCAGCAUCAGCAUCACCAGCACCAGCAUCAGCUCAGGUAGAAGAAAAGAAGAGUCCUAAAAAGACGACCCAGACCUCGCCGCAGCCUUCCAAAUCCGUCUCUAAAUAUGGUUUUGAUUUGUCCGCGUUUGAAUCCACCAAUAAUACAAAUAAUACUGAUACAGCAUCUAUGAAGGACGAAUUAAGUUCCUUGUUUAGCAGUCCCUCUACUUCCAAGGCUCCAUUGCCCAGCAACACCAAUGGAUUUGAUGAUAUUUUUGGUCAAUCUGCAACUAAGAAGACCACAAAUUUUGAAGACAUUUUUAAAUAAAUUUUUUUUUUAUUACAUUCU